AUGCCAGCUCAACUUGAGAGGACAGCUCCACUAGAGCGGAUAGCUCAACUUGAGAGGUCAGCUCUACUUGAGAGGACAGCUCUACUUGAGAGGACAGCUCAACUUGAGAGGACAGCUGAACUUGAGAAGACAGCUGAACGACAGCUCAACUUGAGGGGACAGCUCAACUUGAGAGGGCAGCUCAACUUGAGAGGGCAGCUCAACUUGAGAGGGCAGCUCAACUUGAGAUGGCAGCUCAACUUGAGAGGGCAGCUCAACUUGAGUGUACAGCUCAACUUGGGAGGAAAUCUCAACCUGAUAGGACACCUCAACCUGAGAGGACAGCUCAACUUGAGAGGACAGUCCAACUGUAGAGGACAGCUCAACUGUAGAGGACAGCUCAACUUGAGAGCACAGCUCAACUUGAGAGGACAGCUCAACUUGAGAGGACAGCUCAACUUGAGAGGACAGCUCAACUAG